CUCAAGUCUCCCAAUCAGCAGCAUUAACACAUGUAGAGAUGUGGAUGAGUGUGAUGAGAUACCAGACAUCUGCGGUCCAAACUCAAUCUGCAACAACACUAUUGGGAAUUACAAUUGCUCGUGCAUGAGUGGAUAUAAUGUAACAGACCCAAAUCUCCCUAUUAACAGCAGUAACCAAUGCAGCGAUAUUUAUGAAUGUCUUGACCCACCAUCAGUGUGUGGGCCAAACGCUUACUGUCACAAUUACAACGGAAGCUACUCAUGCUCUUGUUGGGAAGGAUAUAACAUCACAGAUGUGAAUCAAGCUGUUAGUAACAGUAACCCAUGUAUCGAUGUGGAUGAAUGUCUGGUGAGUCCAUCUGUUUGUGGUCCAUUUUCCACCUGCACAAAUGUAAUGGGAGGUUACAAUUGCUCAUGUUUGGUUGGUUUCACUGAAACAAACUCAAGUCUCCCAAUCAGCAUCAUUAACACAUGUAGAGAUGUGGAUGAGUGUGAUGAGAUACCAGACAUCUGCGGUCCAAACUCAAUCUGCAACAACACUAUUGGGAAUUACAAUUGCUCGUGCAUGAGUGGAUAUAAUGUAACAGACCCAAAUCUCCCUAUUAACAGCAGUAACCAAUGCAGAGAUAUUUAUGAAUGUCUUGACCCACCAUCAGUGUGUGGACCAAACGCUUACUGUCACAAUUACAACGGAAGCUACUCGUGCUCUUGUUGGGAAGGAUAUAACAUCACAGAUGUGAAUCAAGCUGUUAGUAACAGUAACCCAUGUAUCGAUGUUGAUGAAUGUCAUGUCAGUCCAUCUGUUUGUGGUCCAUUUUCCAACUGCACAAAUGUAAUGGGAGGUUACAAUUGCUCAUGUUUGGUUGGUUUCUCUGAAACAAACUCAAGUCUCCCAAUCAGCAUCAAUAACACAUGUAGAGAUGUGGAUGAGUGUGAUGAGAUACCAGACAUCUGCGGUCCAAACUCAAUCUGCAACAACACUAUUGGGAAUUACAAUUGCUCGUGCAUGAGUGGAUAUAAUGUAACAGACCCAAAUCUCCCUAUUAACAGCAGUAACCAAUGCAGCGAUAUUUAUGAAUGUCUUGACCCACCAUCAGUGUGUGGGCCAAACGCUUACUGUCACAAUUACAACGGAAGCUACUCGUGCUCUUGUUGGGAAGGAUACAACAUCACAGAUGUGAAUCAAGCUGUUAGUAACAGUAACCCAUGUAUCGAUGUGGAUGAAUGUCUGGUCAGUCCAUCUGUUUGUGGUCCAUUUUCCAUCUGCACAAAUGUAAUGGGAGGUUACAAUUGCUCAUGUUUGUUUGGUUUUACUGAAACAAACUCAAGUCUCCCAAUCAGCAUCAAUAACACAUGUAGAGAUGUGGAGGAAUGUGUUGAGAUACCAGACGUCUGCGGUCCAAACUCAAUCUGCAACAACACUAUUGGGAAUUACAAUUGCUCGUGCAUGAGUGGAUAUAAAGUAAACGACACAAAUCUCCCUAUUAACAGCAGUAACCAAUGCAGAGAUAUUUAUGAAUGUCUUGACCCACCAUCAGUGUGUGGGCCAAACGCUUACUGUCACAAUUACAAUGGAAGCUACUCGUGCUCUUGUUGGGAAGGAUAUAACAUCAAAGAUGUGACUCAAGCUGUUAGUAACAGUAACCCAUGUAUCGAUGUUGAUGAAUGUCAUGUCAGUCCAUCUGUUUGUGGUCCAUUUUCCAACUGCACAAAUGUAAUGGGAGGUUACAAUUGCUCAUGUUUGGUUGGUUUCUCUGAAACAAACUCAAGUCUCCCAAUCAGCAUCAAUAACACAUGUAGAGAUGUGGAUGAGUGUGAUGAGAUACCAGACAUCUGCGGUCCAAACUCAAUCUGCAACAACACUAUUGGGAAUUACAAUUGCUCGUGCAUGAGUGGAUAUAAUGUAACAGACCCAAAUCUCCCUAUUAACAGCAGUAACCAAUGCAGAGAUAUUUAUGAAUGUCUUGACCCACCAUCAGUGUGUGGGCCAAACGCUUACUGUCACAAUUACAACGGAAGCUACUCGUGCUCUUGUUGGGAAGGAUAUAACAUCACAGAUGUGAAUCAAGCUGUUAGUAACAGUAACCCAUGUAUCGAUGUUGAUGAAUGUCAUGUCAGUCCAUCUGUUUGUGGUCCAUUUUCCAACUGCACAAAUGUAAUGGGAGGUUACAAUUGCUCAUGUUUGGUUGGUUUCACUGAAACAAUCUCAAGUCUCCCAAUCAGCAUCAAUAACACAUGUAGAGAUGUGGAGGAAUGUGUUGAGAUACCAGACGUCUGUGGUCCAAACUCAAUCUGCAACAACACUAUUGGGAAUUACAAUUGCUCGUGCAUGAGUGGAUAUAAUGUAACAGACCCAAAUCUCCCUAUUAACAACAGUAACCAAUGCAGAGAUAUUUAUGAAUGUCUUGACCCACCAUCAGUGUGUGGGCCAAACGCUUACUGUCACAAUUACAACGGAAGCUACUCGUGCUCUUGUUGGGAAGGAUAUAACAUCAAAGAUGUGAAUCAAGCUGUUAGUAACAGUAACCCAUGCAUCGAUGUUGAUGAAUGUCAUGUCAGUCCAUCUGUUUGUGGUCCAUUUUCCAACUGCACAAAUGUAAUGGGAGGUUACAAUUGCUCAUGUUUGGUUGGUUUCACUGAAACAAUCUCAAGUCUCCCAAUCAGCAUCAAUAACACAUGUAGAGAUGUGGAGGAAUGUGUUGAGAUACCAGACGUCUGUGGUCCAAACUCAAUCUGCAACAACACUAUUGGGAAUUACAAUUGCUCGUGCAUGAGUGGAUAUAAAGUAAACGACACAAAUCUCCCUAUUAACAACAGUAACCAAUGCAGAGAUAUUUAUGAAUGUCUUGACCCACCAUCAGUGUGUGGACCAAACGCUUACUGUUACAAUUACAACGGAAGCUACUCGUGCUCUUGUUGGGAAGGAUAUAACAUCAAAGAUGUGAAUCAAGCUGUUAGUAACAGUAACCCAUGUAUCGAUGUUGAUGAAUGUCAUGUCAGUCCAUCUGUUUGUGGUCCAUUUUCCAACUGCACAAAUGUAAUGGGAGGUUACAGUUGCUCAUGUUUGGUUGGUUUCACUGAAACAAUCUCAAGUCUCCCAAUCAGCAUCAAUAACACAUGUAGAGAUGUGGAGGAAUGUGUUGAGAUACCAGACGUCUGUGGUCCAAACUCAAUCUGCAACAACACUAUUGGGAAUUACAAUUGCUCGUGCAUGAGUGGAUAUAAUGUAACAGACCCAAAUCUCCCUAUUAACAACAGUAACCAAUGCAGAGAUAUUUAUGAAUGUCUUGACCCACCAUCAGUGUGUGGGCCAAACGCUUACUGUCACAAUUACAACGGAAGCUACUCGUGCUCUUGUUGGGAAGGAUAUAACAUCAAAGAUGUGAAUCAAGCUGUUAGUAACAGUAACCCAUGCAUCGAUGUUGAUGAAUGUCAUGUCAGUCCAUCUGUUUGUGGUCCAUUUUCCAACUGCACAAAUGUAAUGGGAGGUUACAGUUGCUCAUGUUUGGUUGGUUUCACUGAAACAAUCUCAAGUCUCCCAAUCAGCAUCAAUAACACAUGUAGAGAUGUGGAGGAAUGUGUUGAGAUACCAGACGUCUGUGGUCCAAACUCAAUCUGCAACAACACUAUUGGGAAUUACAAUUGCUCGUGCAUGAGUGGAUAUAAUGUAACAGACCCAAAUCUCCCUAUUAACAGCAGUAACCAAUGCAGAGAUAUUUAUGAAUGUCUUGACCCACCAUCAGUGUGUGGGCCAAACGCUUACUGUCACAAUUACAACGGAAGCUACUCGUGCUCUUGUUGGGAAGGAUAUAACAUCAAAGAUGUGAAUCAAGCUGUUAGUAACAGUAACCCAUGCAUCGAUGUUGAUGAAUGUCAUGUCAGUCCAUCUGUUUGUGGUCCAUUUUCCAACUGCACAAAUGUAAUGGGAGGUUACAGUUGCUCAUGUUUGGUUGGUUUCACUGAAACAAUCUCAAGUCUCCCAAUCAGCAUCAAUAACACAUGUAGAGAUGUGGAGGAAUGUAUUGAGAUACCAGACAUCUGUGGUCCAAACUCAAUCUGCAACAACACUAUUGGGAAUUACAAUUGCUCUUGCAUGAGUGGAUAUAAAGUAAACGACACAAAUCUCCCUAUUAACAGCAGUAACCAAUGCAGAGAUAUUUAUGAAUGUCUUGACCCACCAUCAGUGUGUGGGCCAAACGCUUACUGUCACAAUUACAACGGAAGCUACUUGUGCUCUUGUUGGGAAGGAUAUAACAUCACAGAUGUGAAUCAAGCUGUUAGUAACAGUAACCCAUGCAUCGAUGUUGAUGAAUGUCAUGUCAGUCCAUCUGUUUGUGGUCCAUUUUCCAACUGCACAAAUGUAAUGGGAGGUUACAAUUGCUCAUGUUUGGUUGGUUUCACUGAAACAAUCUCAAGUCUCCCAAUCAGCAUCAAUAACACAUGUAGAGAUGUGGAUGAGUGUGAUGAGAUACCAGACGUCUGUGGUCCAAACUCAAUCUGCAACAACACUAUUGGGAAUUACAAUUGCUCGUGCAUGAGUGGAUAUAAAGUAAACGACACAAAUCUCCCUAUUAACAGCAGUAACCAAUGCAGAGAUAUUUAUGAAUGUCUUGACCCACCAUCAGUGUGUGGGCCAAACGCUUACUGUUACAAUUACAACGGAAGCUACUCGUGCUCUUGUUGGGAAGGAUAUAACAUCAAAGAUGUGAAUCAAGCUGUUAGUAACAGUAACCCAUGCAUCGAUGUUGAUGAAUGUCAUGUCAGUCCAUCUGUUUGUGGUCCAUUUUCCAACUGCACAAAUGUAAUGGGAGGUUACAAUUGCUCAUGUUUGGUUGGUUUUACUGAAACAAUCUCAAGUCUCCCAAUCAGCAUCGAUAACACAUGUAGAGAUGUGGAUGAGUGUGAUGAGAUACCAGACGUCUGUGGUCCAAACUCAAUCUGCAACAACACUAUUGGGAAUUACAAUUGCUCGUGCAUGAGUGGAUAUAAAGUAAACGACACAAAUCUCCCUAUUAACAGCAGUAACCAAUGCAGAGAUAUUUAUGAAUGUCUUGACCCACCAUCAGUGUGUGGGCCAAACGCUUACUGUUACAAUUACAACGGAAGCUACUCGUGCUCUUGCUGGGAAGGAUACAACAUCAAAGAUGUGAAUCAAGCUGUUAGUAACAGUAACCCAUGCAUCGAUGUUGAUGAAUGUCAUGUCAGUCCAUCUGUUUGUGGUCCAUUUUCCAACUGCACAAAUGUAAUGGGAGGUUACAAUUGCUCAUGUUUGGUUGGUUUUACUGAAACAAUCUCAAGUCUCCCAAUCAGCAUCAAUAACACAUGUAGAGAUGUGGAUGAGUGUGAUGAGAUACCAGACGUCUGCGGUCCAAACUCAAUCUGCAACAACACUAUUGGGAAUUACAAUUGCUCGUGCAUGAGUGGAUAUAAAGUAAACGACACAAAUCUCCCUAUUAACAACAGUAACCAAUGCAGAGAUAUUUAUGAAUGUCUUGACCCACCAUCAGUGUGUGGGCCAAACGCUUACUGUUACAAUUACAACGGAAGCUACUCGUGCUCUUGUUGGGAAGGAUAUAACAUCAAAGAUGUGAAUCAAGCUGUUAGUAACAGUAACCCAUGCAUCGAUGUUGAUGAAUGUCAUGUCAGUCCAUCUGUUUGUGGUCCAUUUUCCAACUGCACAAAUGUAAUGGGAGGUUACAAUUGCUCAUGUUUGGUUGGUUUUACUGAAACAAUCUCAAGUCUCCCAAUCAGCAUCGAUAACACAUGUAGAGUAUCACCAUCAGCAACACCAACUACAAUAAUCACAAUAAAACCUGCAACUCCUGAAAAACCGACUACAACUUCACCACCAACUAUUACAACAGUAACAAAAGGCAUGUAUACUGCACAAGUGUUAUAUUGAGGAUUGUUGCCUUUACUUAUGAUACUGUGAAAAAAACUUUAUCAGUCACAUUUUCCCAAUUGCAUAGUGAAGUGAAAUGUUAUUAUUAUUAUUGUUUUUAAACUUUGAUUUGAUGGAUGGAUUCAUCAUGU